AUGAAUAAAGUGAAAUGCUCGUACGGUUGGCUCGGAACGAAAUGUAUUAGCACGGUAAACUAUCGACUGGAAGAAGGAGAAAUUGUAACGGCUGAUGAAGAAGGUAUACUAUCUGACUUGAUGGAGACCGGCGGAUGCCAAAUGAAUUCCGGAUACUGCGCCAAACAAAAAAGUGUGGUGAUUUGGAAUGCUUUGCAGCUGAGCAAUAAUUGUGUUUAUGAACAAAGAGGCUCUUCGAUAGCUUACAUUAAGGGUAAACAUGUAAUAAUGGAAGAGUUCCAAGCAACACUCGUUUUCAAAGAAAUUGCCGAAGCAAUUAAGGAGAUCUGCGGACUGAUAAAUCCACAUUUAAUGGAAAAUGAUGUGAUACUCACCUCUGAUGAUCGUUGCAACAGAAACAAUUUUCCAAUGGAUUAA